AUGGCCGAUUUCACUAGUUCACCAGGAACGCCAAGCGGACGGCACGAGAAAUCACUGCUGGACUUACGCUGUACGACAGAAGAGAAGAAUUUACGACAUUACAAAUGUGCUAGAGGGAAUUGGCCUCAUCGAGAAGAAAUCGAAAAACAGCAUUCAAUGGAAAACUUGCAGCUUUGGAUGAGAAUGAACACAAAUCUUGAUUUAGAAAAUCGCCUCAAGAUUUUGAUAACGAAGCUGGCAUAUGUAACAUAUGAUGACCUAUGUCAGUGUUCGCAGAUACUUCUUGCAAUCCAAGCUCCUGCCGGAACCGAGUUGGAGGUCCCAAUCCCAGAAAAGAGAUUAGGCAUUGACAGACGUUAUCAAAUUCAUUUAAAAAGUCAGUUGGGUGAAAUCAAUGUCUUACUGGUCAAUAAAGAUCCCCUGAACAACCGUCCAGUGGUCACACCUGUACCCCCACCCUUAUCCUUACCUCAAUCAUCUACGUUUGCAAAUGAUGACAACCUGUUACCUAUUGUUAAUGAGAAGAUCACAACAGUUGCCGAAAAACCUUUAGAUUUUGGAAAAACGAAACAGUCUAUUGCUAUGGAAACAUCUCUUUCAGAGUGUGAAUUAAAACAAGUGGCAAAUGAGAUCAUAUUUUCAAAUGAGGCCAAACCAGAACCAAUAGAUGUGUCGAUGAUCGAUGACUUAGUUUCAGCUGAAGUUUUGGCUCCUCUUCUUCGACUCUCCCCACCAGCUGGAGAUGCUGACUAUACCUUCAAUCUGACAAGCUCCGAAGGCGUCUGUGAUCUAUUUGACAUUCCAAAUCUUGAGGCGAUGCCUGCUUUUCCAAGUGUCUCUGCAACAUAACCAUCGAAGACCAUAUUAUUUCUACUAUUGUACUGACAUUUUAAAGUGUUAUAUCAUGUAUCAUAAGAGGCGUGAUGAUCGAACCCCCUGGAUUUGUUCGUAUCGAACCCAUGCUCCAGGAGGGGUGGUUAAUUGUUAUACGCAAAAUAAAGUAGGGUGGGAUAUACCUGUCUUUUCAACAUAAA